AUGGAUUACAUUAAGGUGGCUAAGGUGAACAACGUGAUUUUGCACCGCAGGGGGCAGUCUGUCGAGGGCACGCUGCAUCUAACGACACAUCACUUGAUCUUCACGGGGCGGGGGCUGGCGCGCGAGUUCUGGGUCUCUUACCCGACUAUUGGAGCAGUAUUCAAGAACAGGGGUAGCGCGCUGAUCUCGAAACAGAGGAGCGGUGAGGGCGUAGCAGAGUCCUUGUACUGGGAUAAGGAUAUAUGGUCAGUUGCGCAGAUCAAGGUGGUGGGGAAGGAUUACACGGUGUUUUCUUUGGAUUUUGCUGUAGAGGCGAGUGCGCAGGACGUGUUUGAGUCGCUAUUACAUCUGACUGUGCUGCACCAGGUAUCCCAGUUGUACGCGUUCAUCUACCUUCCGAACAGGGUUGAGGCGCCGUUUGACAGCUGGAAGCUCUACAAGCCUCUAGAAGAGUAUGCGCGGCAGGGACUGACGCUAGAUAGAGGCUCACCGUGGCGCAGUACCGCCAUUAACGAUAACUACCAGUUUUGUGCGACGUACCCAGCGGUGCUGGUAGUACCGGCCAGCAUCUCCGAUACGCUACUGACGCACGCUAGCAAGUACCGGUCGCAGAACCGCAUACCCGUUCUGACCUACUACUAUAAAAAGACAGGCGCGUCGAUCACAAGGUCGGCCCAGCCACUACCGGGGCUUACACAGCAGCGCUCUAUUCAGGAUGAGAAGCUGGUGUAUGAGGCGUUCCAGUGUGCGCCAGAAAAGACCAAAAAGGAUCUAAUUGUAGAUGCGCGGCCGGCGACAAAUGCGAUGGCACAGACAGCGCUUGGUGGCGGCACCGAGAACAUGGACAACUAUGGGUUUGGUAGUACGUGUUCCCGCAUGUUUCUGGGUAUCGACAAUAUCCAUGUAAUGCGCGAUACUCUCAACUUUCUUGUGGAGAACUUUCUAGUGGACAAUGACCUCAAUCUGCCGAUCGAUGCACAUUCUCUCAAUAGUGGCAAGGCCAGCAACUGGCUGAAAUAUAUUAAAGUCCUUCUGUCUGCGACAGACACACUGGUCAAGUCCAUCAUCUUUAAUAAGUCAAACAUCCUCGUGCAUUGUUCUGACGGCUGGGACCGUACUGCGCAAGUCUGUUCACUGGUCCAGCUCUGUCUGGAUCCGUAUUACCGCACAUUCGAAGGCUUCAUGGUGCUUGUCGAGAAAGAUUGGCUAUCCUUUGGGCACAGAUUCGCUGAGAGGUGUGGCCAUCUGAGCUCCGAGUACAUAUUUCGGGACAACUCCAUCAAUCGCAUAAAUCUCACGAGCAAUAGCGUUCAACUUGCGGACAACGAGACCAUCGAUCAAUCGCUCUCCACCAACGACCUAGUGGUUCGGAAGUCGUCAUUUAUCAGGAAGAAGACAAACCUGAAGCUUACCUCGCCCAUUUUUCAGCAGUUUCUAGACUGUGUGUAUCAAUUGCUAUUGCAGAAUCCCGAGCAGUUUGAGUUUAAUGAACGCUUCCUGAGGCGACUCGUCUACCACCUUUAUUCAUGCCAAUACGGCACCUUCAUUUUUGACAACGAGCAAGAGCGCGUGCUACGCGAAGCCUCCAAAGUUACACGUAGCGUAUGGGACUACUUUCGUUCGCGCCCGCGGGAGUUCACGAAUCCGGCAUAUAAGCCAGUUGGUCCUGACGAAGAGGAGGACUGGCUUCUUCCAGACCUGAACAAACUGCAGUGGUGGUGGCAGUUGUUCGGGCGCAGGCAGCAUGAGUUUUCUGACGCAGGCUCUUCGCCCAACACACAGGGUACUAGCAACGCUAUGUCAGCAGCUGCUAGUGAGAACGGCAAGAAUAUAUACAAAUUAACUUCCAAGCUGACUACAUUUUCACUAGAGAUCUUUGGCAAGAAAUAA